UGCAGCCCAGGCCUUUGUCUCAUUUCCCCUCCAAUUACUGAACCCCACUGGCUGAGCUCUGCACCACCGCAGCCUGCAUCACCUUCAGAAAUGAAUACCACUUUAGAAGAGCUCCUUGCUCCCAUUACUGAAAAGCUCAAGUACUUGCUGAAGAAAGCUGAAGACUUCCAGACAUACCUGCUAUACAGCAGAGACAGAAUGCAGAAGGAGCAAUUUGCCAAAGCAAUGCCCACAUUCCUGCAGAUGUGCCAGCCCUAUUUCCACUACCUGGAAUCCACUGCACGAAGCUGCACACCUUAUUUAAGGCUUCCCCAGGAGCCAGUGCGAAGGCGGCUCCUGGAGAUCUCCCAGCAACUGGCCUGCCAGCUUGAGCAACUGGUGUUGAUGUACGCUUCUUUCAGCUUUGUCUCCCUUGAAGAUACAGACCCUUUCAGUGUCUUGUGUUUCUUCUGUGGAAAAUUUUGGCUGAAUGAAUCACACCAAAUUUCCACCUUCCGGUACUGCAUCUCAGCGCCUUAUACAACUGCCCAUGUUCCCUGCAACCUAUAUAAGAAAAUGCGCUGGAACCUUGACAUUUUGGAAGGGCCUGCUGGCCGAAAUCAAACACACCACACAGAAUACUACUUCUUAUGCUUCCGAGAUACAGGAGAUGAAACAACAGUGAAGAUGCAGAAGCUGUGGUCUAUUGGACGCUGGGUGCCUGUGGACCCUGACAAUGAGCACAGCUCUGAUGUGCUAUCCUGGGUACUGUGUCGUCAACCCAAGGGGGACUACCUGCAACUCCUGACCGUUGGCUUUGAAGAACCCUCUCACACUUCAGCAACAGACCUCUUGGUGCAGUUACUGCAUGUGCAAAACUCUGGCCUGCUUAAUCAUGAGUCCUCUUGCCCUGUGAGCUCAGGGGAGCAGGUGCAGUAGAAAGUUCUUACCAGCUGUGUAUCUUCACAGUAUUCCACAGGACUCAGCCUCCUAGUCCUGGUGUUGCCACUACUGCUUCAGCAAGCACACUACGCCAUUAGCCGGCAUAUUCACAUUAUGCAUCAUUUCCCCUUAUUUUGUGCAACUUAUUUUUUCCUAGAUUCUAUUUUAACCCCCUCGUGCCUGCGCUGCUUACUCUGGAAAUUAGAGUGAUGUUUUUAAAUGAGGAUGUGGGUUGAGAGUCGCUCUUCCUGCUGCUCUCUUCUACCUGGUUCCUGACCACUUAACAUACAACCACCAUCUGCUUUGAGGUAAUCAGCUUCAACAAACACUCUGGCUCUUGUGAGCUCCAUUACAUGGUGCAGUGGGAUGGCCCUGGAAGAGAGAAGAGUCAAGGGUUCUUUCCUUCAAUGAACAAGUUUGUCCAGAGAUGAUUUUGCUACUACAAAACAUUACAGAUGUUUGUAAUAUCUCAACAGGUCAGCAAAAGUGUCUCCUGUAAGCAGCUUUGCUUCCUUGUGCUCCCCAUUUUAAUCUGAGCUCUAGUUACCUUGCUGUGGUUCAAGGCAACAACAUCUGGAGAUUUUGAUUUUUUUAAAAAAAAAUAAAUGUUACUAAUAAAAUAAGCUCUGGCUCUG